UAACCUUUGUCACUAAUUGUAUUCUUUGCACCAUUAUCUCCAUUUCUUACAACAGUAAGCAGUAAGCACAUUUCUCUUUCUCGAAUUGAUUUAAGCACUGCAUGGAGAGGCCAACUUCAACGCGAAAAGUACCAUGUGGUGCAUGCAAGUACCAACGUAGGAGGUGUGGGCAAUACUGUUUGUUUGCGCCGUACUUCCCAGCAGAGAACAUCCAAAUGUUCGCAUGCGUGCACCACGUGUUCGGCGCGGCCAAUGUGGGGAACGUUAUCAAGUCACUGAGUGAUCCGCAAUUGCGAAAGCUGGCAGUGAACACGCUGGUGUACCAAGCGGAGGCGCGUGUGAGGGACCCCACCUACGGCGUUGUGGGCCACAUCAUGGAGUUGGAGCAGAGGCACCGCAAAGUUCAAGAGGACCUCAUGAGGGCCAAGGCCCAACUGGCCCAAUACCUAGGCCCAGAGGGCAUGAGAAAGGAGUUUAGUUUGUGUUUGGGUGCCUCUUCCAAGGGCAAGAACAAAUGUGAUGAGACUCCAGAGCCCCACAUGUCGUCAUUUCGGCGUUUGUGUACUGACUCUGACGUUGAGAUGUGGGACCCUUUUCCGCCGUGGGAAACUUUUGAUGACACUCAGUCUGGUGAGAAGUUGUCCUCAGAUUUGGGAGAGAACAAUGUUGGUUCUUCUUCGCUGCAGGGUCAUGGUGAUAAGAAAGGGAAGAGGCCUGCAGAUUUUCCUUCAACACCUGCUUAAGGAAAUGUUCUUCGGUGUCAGAUACACAUCAAACUGUUUGUGGAUUUAUGGUUUGUAAUGUCAGAAACUAUCUGUCUCAAUAAUACAAGGAUACAAUUAUCCUUUUUUUUA